AACUUGUUCACUGGUCAUGGCCACAUGGAUUACUUCUUGGUUCUUCAACAUGAGUAGACUAACCCAUCUUGGUAAUUUCAAACUCCUCGCCAACUCCAAUAAAGAAAGAAAGACAAACAAAAGAACCCCACGCUCACUUCCACACACACUUGUGCUUCUCUUAACCUUUUUGCCUUCUCUUGCUGCAUUCAGAGCACAAUAUGGCUUGUACUUCGCUACUCAUAGGAUUCUAAACCGGUGGAUCUGACGCGACACAACACAACUCAUGAUAUGAGUUUGUGACUCUUUCCUUCCUUAAACUGUUGUUUCUAAAACUUGAAGCCCGAAAAUCCAAAAUGGUUUUUCAACUUCUUCUCACUAAUGGCCAUAGGGUGUGCUAACACUUGAGUUGUGAGUGUUGGUGGUUUUGAAAAAUAGGCUCGUGUUGUUUGUGUUGAAAUGGGUUCAAGUCGAAGCAUAGAUUUUUCAAAGUGGUGGGGUGUUAAGGAGAGUUCGAGUUCUAGUUCAAGGAAAGGGAACCCGGUUGUGGUGACUAUGGAGAACCCCAAUUACUCUGUGCUUGAAAUAGAUGCUCCUGACUCAGCAUUUCAGCCACUUGACAAAGACAGAGGUAAAAAUGCACAGCAGUUCACAUGGCUUCUGUUUCUCAAGGCUCAUAGAGUUGUCGGUUGCCUUGCUUGGCUUGGUAAUUCCCUUUGUUCAUUGCUCCAUGCUGCUAAGAAAAGAUUGUUUUUGGGGCACGUGGAGACGGAGAUGUCUGCCAAGGCAAAGUUUCUGUUCCGUGUAAUUCUUGCAUUCUUGGUGAUGGCUUUGGCAUUUUUGUCUUUUGAACUCGUUGCUCACUUCAAAGGGUGGCACUACUUUCACCACCAUAAUUUGCACCUUCCACAAACUUUGGAGAUCAAAGGGUGGUUUCACACUGCAUAUGUUAGGUGGUUGGAGUUUCGAUCAGACUAUAUUGCUCCUCCAAUUCAAUCUCUCUCAUCCUUCUGUAUUCUUCUCUUCUUAAUUCAGUCUGUGGAUCGAAUGCUUCUCUCUCUAGGUUGCUUUUGGAUCAAAUUCAAGAAGAUUAAGCCCGUCAUUGAUGGAGAUCCCCUCAACUCACAUGAUUUGGAAGGAUCCAACGAGGAAUAUCCUAUGGUACUUGUUCAAAUUCCCAUGUGCAAUGAGAAAGAGGUAUAUGAACAAUCUAUUUCCGCAGUGAGCCAACUUGAUUGGCCAAAAGAUCGGUUGCUUAUUCAAGUUCUGGAUGACUCUGAUGAUGAGAGCAUACAGUGGUUAAUCAAGGGAGAAGUCUCUAAGUGGAGUCAAAGAGGUGUCAACAUAAUCUACCGUCAUAGGAUGUUUAGAACUGGCUACAAAGCGGGUAAUCUAAAGUCUGCAAUGAGCUGUGAUUACGUGAAAGAUUACGAGUUCGUUGCAAUUUUUGAUGCUGAUUUCCAACCAAAUCCAGAUUUUCUUAAGCAAACUGUUCCACACUUUAAGGGCAAUCCUCAGCUGGCAUUAGUCCAAGCUAGGUGGGCUUUUGUAAACAAGGAUGAGAACUUACUGACAAGACUCCAAAAUAUUAAUCUGUGCUUCCACUUUGAGGUUGAACAGCAGGUUAAUGGGGUCUUCCUUAACUUCUUUGGUUUUAAUGGAACUGCUGGUGUUUGGAGAAUAAAAGCACUUGAAGAAUCUGGUGGCUGGCUUGAGCGAACAACUGUAGAAGACAUGGAUAUAGCAGUCCGAGCCCAUCUGAAUGGUUGGAAAUUUAUCUUUCUCAAUGAUGUAAAGGUGCUUUGUGAGCUUCCUGAAUCAUAUGAAGCUUAUAGGAAACAGCAACAUCGAUGGCAUUCUGGUCCUAUGCAACUCUUUCGUUUGUGCCUUCCAGCCAUAAUAACCUCCAAGAUUGCCUUCUGGAAGAAAACAAACCUAAUAUUUCUAUUCUUUCUGCUUAGAAAGCUAAUCCUCCCAUUCUAUUCUUUCACAUUAUUCUGCAUUAUUCUUCCUUUGACAAUGUUUGUCCCAGAAGCUGAGCUUCCUAUCUGGGUUAUUUGUUAUAUUCCUGUAUUCAUGUCGUUCUUGAACAUUCUUCCUGCCCCAAAAUCCUUUCCCUUCAUUGUACCUUACCUACUAUUUGAGAACACAAUGUCAGUAACCAAAUUCAACGCCAUGGUAUCCGGUUUGUUCCAAUUAGGAAGUUCAUAUGAAUGGAUAGUUACGAAGAAAGCAGGUCGGUCAUCAGAGGCUGACCUAUUAGCUGCUGAAGAAUGGGAUUCAAAGGCCAUGAGUCUCCAACUUAACAGAGGGACUUCUGAUAGUGGACUUGCUGAGCUUAACAAAAUAAAGGAAAGCCAAGAAACAGUUCCUGUAAAGAAAACGAACAAGAUAUAUAAGAAAGAACUUGCCCUUGCAUUCUUAUUGCUGACUGCUGCAGUUAGGAGCCUGUUAUCAGCACAAGGCAUGCACUUUUACUAUUUAUUGUUUCAAGGUGUGUCAUUCCUCCUUGUGGGUCUGGAUUUAAUUGGCGAACAAAUGAACUAGAGGAUCAGAAAGAUGUGUAAAAUACAAAUUUGAUUGUUACAAAGUUGAAUAAUGAAAGAAGCCAACCAAUAUGAAUUGCUUUAAGAUAGUUGGUUUGGCAGUUAUAUUCAAGUUGUCUGAAUAUGGCUCGGGUAACAUGCUGAAGUGAAAGCUACCCUGGGUCAUAUCAUAAAUAAGUGUUAUUCUUCAAGUGCAUUUAUAGAUUUUUUUUUUCCUGGCUUUACUUGUCCAUGUAUUGUUGUCCAUCACUGUACAACCAUUUUUCUUUCCCUUUUCAAUUUUCUGUGACGUUGAGCUGAUUCAUUUUGUGUCUGUAUAAUCUGCCAUCAUGUUGCUUGCAUCA